AUGUCAGGAGGAGUCGGGCCGAGCGCAGACAUAACCCUACCCAAGGACCAACAAGAGGAAGAGCAAGACCAAAAGCUCCUCGAGAACAACAAAAAGACCCAAUUGCCCCCCAAUUCCACCGCCGCCGCUCCAAGAAACAGAGCAUCCCUCCUCGGCUUCUACCAGCUCAAUUCCCUCGCCGCAAUCAUCAUCCUCGCCGCCAGCGGCCUCGUGGGGAUCUCCGACCUCGCCUUCGUCGCCUUCUCCCUCGCCUACAUCUUCCUCCUCUCCCGAUUCGCCUUCCCCCCGCUCCCCCCGCCGCCGCCGCAAAAGCCGGACGGCGGCAACAACAAGAUCCUCGACACCAAAUCCAAAACCCUCCGCCUCUACGUCUUCGUCAGCGCCCUCCUCGGGAUCUUCCUCCCCGUCGCCUACAUCUGCGAGGGGUUACUCAACGGCGGCGACAACAAGGACGGGAUCAAUGCUGCCGCGGCGUCCCACGUUUUCUUGCUCGCCAGCCAGCUGUUCAUGGAAGGCGUCGCUUUGGGUUCCGGCCGAUUCUCGCUCCCCGUCGGGAUCUUCAUCCCCGUGUUCUACAACUCCCGCCGCAUCUUCACCCUCGCCGACUGGCUCAGCUGCGAAUUCGCGAAGUCGGGGGACGGCGGCGGCGGCGGCGGCAGGAGGCUGUAUUUCGGGAGGGCUCUGGCGGUGGCGAACAUGGCGUUCUGGGGGUUCAAUCUGUUUGGGCUUCUGUUGCCUGUCGCCGUCCCGAUUUGUCUCAAGAAGUACUACGCCGCUUCUCUAAACAAAGUCUCCAAAGACUGA